GACUUUGCGUCACGUGUUUCCGCCCAAGCUCGCUUGGACAGUGAGGUUGUCGAUACUGCAGUUGUUGUGGUGCAGUAAUGUCAAAGAUUUGUAUAACUAAACAUUCUGUUGUAAUGUUAUCCCUUUGGUGACUACUGCGGAUGGCUGUGUGUGCCAGGCUCUGCGGAGUGGGUCAGUCUCGGAGGUGCAGGCGGCGUCAGCGGCAUAAUCAACAGGAUCAGGGAAGCGACUCCGAUAUGGACGAGGAGGAAGGGGAGCGGAUUGUGGGUGAGACACAAUCCGUCACCGGCGGCCCGGAGAACUCUGCUGCGGCAGGGCCGAGUGUGGCCCAUGAAGCCGCUGCUGAAGCCACUGCUGACAGUGCAAGCACCGUACCACCGAACCCGCAGUCCCUGUUGGAUCUGCCCCCAGAGAUUUUAGUGGAAGUAUUCUCAUCUCUCCCGGGCACGGAGUUACCAAACCUGGCCCUCGUCUGCAAGAAAUUCAGGCAAAUUCUCAACACGGAAACCAUCUGGAGAAGGCGAUGCACGGAGGAGUUUGGAAUGAGGGAGGACCUGCGCAAGAUGGAGGUGGUGGGUGUGUCCAGUCGGGAGCUCUAUGCCAAACGUGUGAACCCUCGGGUGAAGUCUGGCCGCUUUAUGAAGCUCCUACCGGACUACGAGCACAUGGACUACAGGGACGUGUACAGGCACUUGCUGCACCCAUACAGACACAUCCUGGGUCUUUGGCAGCCUGACAUAGGCCCGUACGGAGGGCUGCUCAACGUGGUGGUUGACGGGCUUUUCAUCAUUGGCUGGAUGUACCUGCCCCCCCACGACCCUCGGGUCGAGGAUCCCAUGAGGAGGCGGCCACUCUUCCGCAUCCACAUGUGGGAGAGCAACAAGGUGGCGGUAGAGUGCAUGUACGGACGCAAGGGCCCUCACAAGGGGGACAUCCAAACUGGGAAGAAGGAUGAGUUCUCGACUAAGUGCAACCAGACAGAUCAUCACCGCAUGCCAGGGGGGAGGCAGGAGGAGUUCCGCACAUGGCUGGAGGAGGAGUGGGGGAGGACACUGGAGGACAUCUUCCAUGAGCAUAUGCAGGAGCUCAUUCUUAUGAAGUUCAUCUACACAAGCCAAUACGAUAAUUGCCUGACGUACCGGCGGAUCUACCUCCCCCCCCGGGUGCCCUCGGACCUGCUGCAGCCGGGCCUGUUUAAAGGCACCUAUGGCAGCCACGGCCUGGAGAUCGUCAUGCUCAGCUUUCAUGGGCCCUGCGCCAGGGCCACCAAGCUUACUGGGGACCCCAAUGUCCCAGCAGGCCAGCUAACGCUUGACGUGGACCUGAACCGGCCUGUGUGCCUGCCGGACCUGGUGCACCAGCGCAGCAUAGAAGAGCUGUCUCGCCUGGUGCUGGGGAUGCACGAGGAGGCGCAGCGGGAGGUGCAGAACCCAGACGUGGCCCCCCAGGGAGCUGCUUCAGAGGGGGCUGUGGCUGGUGGUGCUGGGGCAGCGGGGCUGGAGUCGGCUAUGGAAGCCCAGUCAGAGAGCCCCCAGCCUGGGCCCAGUAGCAGCAGCGCUUCCUCAGAGGCCCAGCCUUUCGUCCUGCCUCUGGGGGUCAUGACCCGCAAUGAGGUUUACCCCCGAACCUGCAAGAUGUGCUUUUACGGAACAGGCCUGAUUGCAGGCCACGGCUUCACAAGUCCGGAGCGCACACCGGGCCUGUUUGUCCUGUUCGAUGAAGACCACUUCGGCUUCAUCUGGCUAGAGCUCAAGUCGUUCAGCCUUUACAGCCGCCUGACGGACCGGCUGGCCCACGCCUAUGCCCCCGACAUGGAGCGCUUUGAGGCCAUGCUGCGCAACAUGCAGUCCUGGACAUCCUGAUGGGCCAGACAGACACAGGCUUACCUAGACCCCGUACACACAUCCCGAGUGUUGACCGCACCUGGAAAACAUUUGGGAACCUAGUUGUAACCUAUAACUAAGGCCCGUUGUUUUUUCCUGAUCAGGUUAUGUGGUUAGGCAAAACUCUUGGUCUUAAUUAUCACUCAUGUAUGUAUAUCUUUCCCCUAUAGAACCCCGAAAUGCUUACACACAGAAAAGCCCCAUAUUUACUACCCCUGUAGAAUCCCUCUCUACUGUACACAGCUUCACAAUCCCAGAUCACCUCCACACUGUCCCACACUUUUCUGGCCCUGGCCAGAAACAACCUUUUGCCCUACCCCCUAGGCACCUGAAGUAUCCUUGCUCCCUGUCCCAUGUUUCCCCUCUUCACCUCCACACGACAUCUGUAUCUCUGCUGCGGCAUGCCCAAAGGUCAUAUGAUAUGACAAAGGCUUCCUUAACAGCUGAUUGUUAUUAAUUUUUAAUCCAGAGAAGAGGAUUUUACUUUUCAUCCCACAAACCCCAGAACAAACGCUCUGUGCCUCUAGUUGUAAUGUAUACACCAUGUCUGUAUUGCCUAAUGCUACAGUGCCUUGCAAAGUAUUCAUCCCCCUAUUUUGUUGCAUUACAACCUUUAAUUUAAAAUUAUUUUUAUUUUGAUGUCAUAAUUGACAUGCAGAAAAUGGUCCAAAUUGGUGAAGUGAAAUGAAAAAAAUAAGUUAAAGAAAAUUCACAAAAAGUGGUGCGUGCAUAUGUAUUCAUCCACUUUGCUAUGAAUCCCAUAAAUAAGAUCUGGUGCAACCAAUUACCUUCAGAAGUCACAUAAUUAGUUAAAUAAAGUCCACCUGUGUGCAA